AUGCACGCUCUUCUUCUCUUGACCCUGACUGUUACCCUCGUCAGAGGCUUCAUCGACCUGCCUGGUCCAUCAGUUCCAUGCAAAGUCCGACUCGCGUCGACCGAACCCGUCGAUAAAUCACGGAUCGACCAUUUCAGUACCGAUCACUCCCAAACGCAGUAUCAUGGCGACUUCCUACAUCCCUUGGCCGCAGCGGCGGAGCAAAUGCUGGGGGAGCUAGGGUUCCCAAACAGAACCUUGGGCUCUUUCAGAACAAAAGUUGCAAACUCGCGUCAUCGUCGAUCACAGAGGAAGAAAUAUCCCGUUGUGAUCUUCUCCCCUGCAUUGCAUGCCUCUCGAAUCGCCUACACGGAAAUCCUCACAGCCGUGGCUAGCCAGGGCUUUGUCGUCGUGUCCAUUGACCAUCCAUAUGAUUCAAUGGUCGUUGAGUUUCCAACCGGCAGGGUCAUCUAUGCCGUUGAUAUUGAAGAUUCGGAGGUCCCUCUCACUUUGGACGUCCGUGUAAAGGAUGUCAUAUUCACCCUUGAUCAGAUGCACUCGAAUUCGGAUUUCAUCCCAUACACAUUCCGCAGAUACCUAAAUCUCAACCGCGUCGCCGCAAUUGGACACUCAUUUGGCGGCGCUACUGCAGCUCAGGUUACGCAAAAUGAUACGCGCUUCGCUGGUGGGCUGAACUUUGACGGCAAUCUUUACGGUCCGGUGGUAAAAACGGGACUGAACAAGCCUUUUAUCAACUUCGGUGCGGAGGCUCCGUCAAUAGGGAUUUCUGCUGGAGCUUCAGCUGGCACGGUCUAA